CCUUGAAUGGUAGCAGACGACGGGAGCGCACCUGCACCUUUUAGCGGCCCAGCGUGCCCUGUGGACUGCUGCUUCGGGGAGAGCUGCUUCGGAGUGGCUGAGGACUCUGAACCGACCCCAUACUCCCUGCUCCCUUCAGGUCUCUCCUUAGAGUCACAAUUCUAAGGAAGGGCUAAUGAUCCCGCUCCCUUUCUCCAGUAAUUACUCUCCCACCCUAACCGUGUCGUCCGGCUUUCCAGCUGUCAGCUGCAGUCCCCAAGAGCACCGCAGCCAUGGACAUCCGAGGCACACUGCGCGCUUCAGCUCUCCUGCUGCUCAUCAGGACUUGGCUGGCCGAGAGCAACGACCCCAGUUCCACCCCGCAAUUCUACUUCGAGCUCUCCUCCAGCAUGCCAGAAGUCAUCCUGGAUCUCAUCAACUGCAAAAACUGUGCAAAUGAGUCUGUGGUUCAAAUGAUUUUGGACAGGGUGCUGUCAACAUCUGAUGUCCAACUGAGACCAAAUUUUGGAGGUGCCCCUGUGGCUGUGUUGGCACCUAUCUGUGUCUCCAGUAUUGAGCAGAUCUCAGAAAUAAAUAUGGACUAUACAAUCACAAUGUUUUUGCAUCAGACAUGGAAGGACAAAUGCUUAGCUUACUAUGAGACCAACCUGAAGCUGACUCUGGAAUAUCAGAUGCAGGAGAAACUCUGGGUCCCUGACUGCUACUUUGUGACUAGCAAAGAUGCCUUUGUGCAUGCUGUAACUGUGGAGAAUCGUGUUUUUAAGCUUCACUCAGGAGGGACAGUGCGAUACGGCAUCCGACUUACCACAACAGCAGCCUGUUCCUGGAACAUGAAAAAAUUCCCUAUGUACAAACAAGGCUGCAAGCUGCAGGUGGAGAGCUAUGGCUACACUGUCGAAGACGUUGUGUUAUCCUGGGAAGAUGAUAAUGACAUUCACAUUACUGAUGAGCUGCACAUACCUCAGUGUACCUACCAACGGAGGACAAUUACCAGCAGGGAGGUGGAUUUGUACACAGGCUCUUACAUGUGCCUGAUAGUGAAGUUCCAGGUUCAGGGGGAAGUCCACAGUCACCUUGUGCAGGUCUAUUGGCCCAUCCUCACCACCAUUCUCUCCUGGAUAUAAUUUUGGAUGAUCUAUGAUUCCUCUACAGCCAGGGUGACUAUUGGCCUAACUUCCAUCCUUGUCUUGACUGCCAUCGACUCACAUAUGUGGGAUAAACACCCCCAUAUUUCCUGUAUCAGAGCCAUUGACAUCUACAUCCUUGUGUGCCUGUUCUUCGUGUUCCUGGCCCUGCUGGAAUAUGUCUACAUCAACUACCUUUUCUUCAUCGAAGGACCUCAGUGUAAUCGCAGGAGAUGCAGGAAAGUCAGGAGAGUUGUUGCCCUAUACCUCUACCAAGAAGUGGUGGUGGGAAAUGUGCAGGAUGGCCUGGUUAAUGUGGAAGACAGAUUGGAUGACAGAGCUGGUUCCCUUCCAGACAGCCCCAUGCAGGCUCAUCUGGCAAGCCCAGAAAGUCUUGGAUCCUUGGUGUUCCCCUCAGAGCAGGCCCAGCUGGCUACCUCAGAAAUCCUCAGCCAUCUGAGCCAAGCCCAAUUAGCCACUGGAGAAAGCCUGAGUGAUCUGACCUCCAACUCUCAGCAAACUUUACAUGACUGUACCACUCACUUUCAUGGCUUUCUCACUAAUGACAGUAUUAUGCCCACCAAAAUCCACAGCCGCUCUGAGACCCAUGGCGAUGAAGACUAAAAGAGCCUAAGCUCUGAUGAGAGCCAUGGAAGCAGCCCUAGUGGAAGGCUUGUGCUUGACAGUGGACAGCGGUGUGUGGAAGAAGCGAGUUGGAAACUUGACAAUAUUGACAGCUUACAGGAUGACAUCAGUACCAAAAGCAGCUGGCUUGGCCUUGAUGAACAGUGCAAGGGGGAUGCUGACAGCAUCUGGAGUCUACUGAUGGCCUGUAACCAAGAGAAGUAUGGUAGCUCAGAGUCUGAGAAGAAUUGUCCCCCAAGCCCUGGGUUCUCCUUUAAUGAAGGGUUUUCUUUCCAGCUCUUUAGCCCUGACUGGGUCCCUAAAGUUGACAGGGGGUUCUGUUUCCUCUUCCCUCUUUCCUUUGUUUUCAAUGUGGUUUGCUGGUUGUACCGCAUCUAUUAGUUUCCCAUACCCCACAGCAGCAGAAAUACUAUGAUGUGUUUCCUUCAGAGUUCCUUUGGUUUGGUUUAUCCCUCUACUAUUUGUUCAUUUUAUUUGGCAAGUGUUUGUUUGUUUGGGGGCAAUCAAAUCUAUUGGGCACUUCUCUUUUUUAUGAAUUAAUGGGGAUCUGGAGAAAACAUGAAACCAGAGGUGAAAGACUGAGGAAAACUUGGAGGUGAAUUGCACAUCGAUAUCUUCCUGCUAGAAAAUUCUCACCUUUCAAAUUCUUUGAACAGUCCAUCAGCCUAGAAAUGCCCUUGGGAGUAGUUAGAGAACAGAGAAUAGCCAGGCUGAGGAAUGAGGAUAAUCUGAUCCUGGUUCACAAACAUUCCUGGGGCCUGUCUGUUUAAUCUCCUUCAGGUGUUAAAAUUGCUUUUUUAUUACUUUUGGCUUUCUCCUGGUUGUCAUGCACCUUGUCCACCUGCUAAAAAGAGCAUUGGAAAAAUAAUUCAAGCUAAGUUGGCCUGGAAUAUACAGAGGAAGGACUAGGCAUGGCUUAGAUAUUCUGACUAAGAAAAGUUGGGAAUCAUUUGUAAGUACCCUGUACUUUGAGUGUGGAGUUGUGGUAUAGGAGUGGGGAGGUAUAGGAGUGAGGAGGCCCUGCCAAAGAGAUAUAUCAGGGUAAGUGCGAAAUCAUGCUGCCAACAAGGGUAUGUAGAAGAGAGGGAGUAGUGUCAGGCUGGAGUUAGUAUGUGUUCAAUUAUUCCCUUUAAAGUUAGUUGAAUUUCUCUUGCCUCUAUUUCUUCUCCACAUUGCCUCACAGUAGUGACUCAAUACAUUUGUUCAGUUAGGAGUUAGCUUUCUAUCAAUGCUGAAUUGAUUACUAGUUACAGGAGACAUACAUAGUGAAGAAGCACUAGCUGAGAAAUUUCAGGCUUACUGUUUUACCAUCAGCCUAGAAAAGCAUUUGGACAACUACUGUGAAUCUAUAUACUAACACUCAUACUAAUACUUGUCUAGUGCAUAGUAAGUGUCAGUGACCUUGCUGACCCAUCACAUCAUUGAAUCAUCACAGAAGCCCUGUGAGCCAGGAAAGACAAAGCACCUUGUCCCCAGUGUUCCAAGGAAAAUGUGGAUCUUGUGUACCACAUCUUAUGCUUACAGAUGCUUAUCUGCCUAACUCUCAGCUGAUGCACUCCCCUACUGCCCCUUCCCUUUGCUCAAAGGUGCAUCCCUACAGAAUCUACCUGUCAGGCUGCCAAGCUCACUGGACAGCACCUGGAACAUCUCUAUAAGAAGAGGCUUCUUCUGACCAGCCAUUGAACAUGAACUGAGCAGAUGGAGAAUAUGGCUCUGCCCACUCAGCAGGGCUCCUGAUAAGGAUGAGCCUGCACACCAACUUGCCAGAAAGCACCAGCUCACUGAUGGAGGUCAUGAGGGAACUUGUCCAAGCACCCAAUCUAUGUUCCCCCUUCCUCUAUAGGCAGCCUCUCCCUCAGCCCUGGACCCCUGUGCCCACCCACCUCCUUACCUCUACUUCUGUGUUUACAUGUUCCUGUGUAUACUGGAGAAGGAGUGUAUAUGUAUCCAGGUAGAUGUAUGUGCCGUACAACCAUUCAAGAAGUUGACAAGGACUAUAUUAGUGUCAGUCUAUGUUAGUAUAUAUGAAUGCAUAUCUGCACUGUGUGGAUAAAUAGUUUGUGUGUAUACAUCUCUAUGAGAGUGUCAGUUGUGUACUUAUAGUAACAGACGUGAAUUCAUUCUGUGCACAUUUGUGGAAUGUGUAUGUCUGUAUACCUGUGUUUAUCAAACUUAAUUGGUGUAAAAGGACAUACAUCAGAAACCACAUACAUUCCCUGCUGGGAGUUUGUGUAGUAACAUUAGGACUCUAGUGGCCUAUUUUGACACAGUGGGGAAUGUCUUAUUUAGCUGGACUGAUUAACUGUUUCUGUGGAGACAGGGAGCAGGGUCUAUUGCUUUCCAUUAACUGCUCAAUCUUCCUUCACACAGUUCUGCUGUGUCCUGGGUGGACAACCCAGAGGAAGUGAACAUAGUCAUAAGAAGUAUUAAUGAUAGUGCCCUGGGGCUAGAAAAAAAUUGGUUCAUAGAAUAAAUUGGGAAUGCUGAGCAUUUUGCUUGGUGAUGAAAAGUG